AUGAUUUCUGCAGAUCAACUAGAGGAACCACAAAUAUAUGAAGAAGAAGAAACUGGUGCACCAGUUUGUGCCAGCAAGAACAGCCGCUAUAAAUAUGAUAUAUGCGUUCUGUAUCUAAGUGAUCGGUACCUAAUGUAUGCAGGUUGCUCUGGUUUCUGUAUUUUUGCCAUUGGACAUCCGUCUGCUCAGAAUAAUUUAAGCUGCUCGUGUUACGUGGCUGAAGCAUCAAAAUGGACUCGUCACAGUUCUGUUUUUACCAAUGAACAAAAAUGGCAUUUGGAGAAGCCACAUAUUGAAGUAAUGAUCCAUGGACCAGCUCAUUCUGAGACAAAUGUGACAGUUAAAUGUAGUACCUACACAUUCUUUAGCUGUGAAUUGCAUAAAAAUACACAACGUAUAGAACAAAUGAAAAGAUCCUCAACUGACUCUGAGAUUUAUUAUGACAUUCAGAAUGCUAGAACAGAGAAUGAAGGUUUUUAUCAAUGUGUGUGUGUAUAUGGAAACCCUCGCUAUAGUAUUGAGAAGACAAGUCCUCAUGUUCCUUUAAUCCUAAGUGAUCAGGUGGAUGAGCCAGAAAUACAAUUGGUUGAAAAUGAGGCUAAGAUUGUAUGUGCCAGUAAAAACAGAAGCUACCAAUACCAGAUGUGCAUUUUGUAUCAAAAUGGUCAGCAAAUACGAGAUGCCUUUCCAGAGUAUAAUAGUACUGAUCGUGUUUCCUUUCAUGUCGCUGACCUACCUACUGGCAGUAACUUCAGUUGUCUAUGUUAUACGGAAAACCCAUCAAAAUGGACUCGCAACAGUUCUGGUAUUGUUAAAGGAGGAAAGUAUACUGACUAUACAGUUAUGAAUACCAUCAGGCUUGGUCUCGGCUUUGUUGUAAUCCUCUGGAUGAUUGUUUUAGCAGUAGAAUCGAGAUACCAAAGCAGACGAUAUGGAGCUUUUAAAAAGUCCCAAUCAUGAAGAAAUGAUCCUGCAUUAAUAUUCUGGUGUAUUGAAAUGAUGUUCUUAUUAAGCCUUUGCAUUCCUUGACUUUUUUCUAUAUGCAACACUGCCAGGCAUUUUGCAUUGACUAUAAUCAUGAUAUCUGUUUUGUGCGAGUAACUGAAUCUGCCUUCUAUUACGCAUUUUAAAUCAGGACUGGUGUCUGUGUAUUUUUUAUUCAAAGUAUUAGACAUCUUGCUGAGAGCUUGUGACAUGACGUAAUAAAAAAUGAGUCCUAUGAGAUGCAAAUGA